GGGUUGUUGGUUCAAUCGAAAGUAAAAGCGAAAAAAACGAGCGUCGCGACGACCGGCUGGGCAUCGCAGUUGGCGCGUCAUUCGUCAAGUGUACGGUCGACUGAGCGGACGCGGCAUUGCAUCGGAUUUUUGGACGGACGUCGUACUAACCGCACAGACAGAAACUCAAAAGCUUAAGCCGAAUUGCUCAACACAUCGCAAUGGCCAACCGUCUCGCAUCGUCACCCUACUUCCGCCGCUUCCUGGUGGCCGUCGCAGACAAGAGGGCACCGACAACGCGCGCCAUGAGCCGGGACCCGUACUCGGAUCCACGUGGGUUCACCCUUACCGACAUGAAGAAGAAUCCCGCCGUUAUCCCACUGGUCGUGAUCAUUGGAGUGGCCGUGGCCGGUCUCAGCGGUUACUGCGUGUACGCCGGACUGACCCGUCCAGAUGUUAGCUUGAACAAAAAAGUCUUCGAGUGGGACACCAUGGACGUCAUGAACCCGAAGCAAUUGAAGGUACGUGUUUUCAACCAGGUUCCCAAGGCGAUGCCGGAGCUGGCCGAGGCGCUUUCCUACCGGGAGGAGUACAACAAGCAGAACGCGGAAAACUAGAUUACCCCCUCCACACACAGUAUAAGCCGAAACCAAUCCGCAUUGGCUUCCGCCGCGGGAGUAGUUCGCCGCACUAAUGUGUCACUAAUGCACUACACACCACAACAACGCGUAUCUAGUAAUUAAUAGGCAUGAUCACAUCACUUUUACCGACAUCAUCAUUCUGUACGCUCUUCUCGGGCCCUCGAGACGGUGGUAGAACACGAAUGUGAUUUCGCAGCAGCCAUCACACGCCAAGCCUCGUAGCUUAGUUACUCAAGACCUCUACGCUUAAAACACUAUUAGAGUCAGAGAGUUUUUAGCUAUAAUAAAUUGUUCUCCACACAAACA